CUGUAAACUGUAAGUGAGUCAGAACAUGAAAGGAAGUAAACAGGUGACUGUUUUACGGGCAUCCUCUGGCUAGAGGCGAAACACACAGAACUUUCCCACCAUAAAUGAAGUUUUCCCGGAUUUCUGAUGAGGAGCCCCCGAGAGACGGGGGAUUCUCAAUAAAAAAAAUCUAUAAAUCGCAACUGGCGUCUUGGCAGAAAGCGAGGGAGAUUCAAGGCCAAAUGUCAACAGAUGCUGCCGGACAGUCCCGGCCACGCAGAUGGACGGCGACAAGGACUCGGACGGGAUGGGAGCACCCUGGGACAAAGGCCGGUCCCGGAGCCCUGGAGAUGACACCCACCCCGGAUCCUCAAACUACCGGCGCCCCGCUCAGCAACAGAUCCAGCCGUAUUGUAAAGACAUACCUAAGAGGAUUCCUCUAUGUGAUCAAAACCGCGCACCGGUCUGUGGAACUAAUGGGGUGACCUAUGGCAAUGAAUGUCGACUUUGUGCUGCAGUUUGGGCUACGAGGGUGAAAAUCAAGAUUCAGAAGUACGGAAAUUGUUAAAUUCAUCUUCACUUAGACCAGC